UAAACCAUUCAAAUUGAUCGAAGCGAAGAACAGCGACAGCUGCUAUAAAAUUACAUUUUUGGCUCGUACGAAAAAACUAGCGACUACUGCGAAUUUCAUCACAACAAGAAAAUGUUACUACGACUUGCAUUGUCGACGGCUCGUCCGAGCGGCCUCCUGCUGGGCAAAUCUUCGCAGGCCUUUCUCAAAUCAAAGCCCAGCCUCAACAUAGUGCGCAACUAUGCACGCCAUCCCGUGCGCAACACACGCAAUCCCGUCGCCGUCGAACAGCCACGUGCACCCACUCUCAAGGAGAAGCUAAUGGCGCCGCCAAGUGCCAACGCUUAUUCGAUGGGCAAGGGCGCUGUCGCCGGAGCCGCCGUCGUCGGACUCGGCGCACUCUGCUACUACGGCGUCGGCAUGGGCAAACACACAAGCAUUGCGGACAACGCCAUCAUGUGGCCGCAAUAUGUGAAGGAACGCAUUCAGUCCAGCUACGCCUUCUUUGGUGGCUCCUGCAUAUUGACGGCUGCCUCCGCGGCGGCUGUGUUCCGCUCGCCACGCCUACUCUCGCUGGCCUCGCGAGGCGGUCUGCUGUGGACAUUCGCUUCGCUGGCGCUCGUCGUCGGCAGCGGCGCUCUGACGCGCUCCAUGCAGUAUGAGCCGGGUCUGGGGCCGAAGCAUCUGGCCUGGGCGCUGCACUGCGCCAUUUUGGGCGGUGUUAUUGCGCCCUUGUGCUUUUUGGGCGGUCCGAUAAUGACGCGCGCUGCACUCUACACCGGAGGCAUUGUCGGUGGCCUGUCCACGAUCGCUGCGUGUGCUCCAAACGAUAAGUUCUUGUAUAUGGGCGGACCGCUGGCCAUCGGCCUUGGUGUUGUGUUUGCCUCGUCUCUGGCCUCAAUGUGGCUGCCGCCCACGACCGUGAUUGGCGCCGGCUUGGCUUCGAUGUCCCUUUACGGCGGUCUCGUGCUCUUCAGCGGAUUUCUGCUCUACGACACACAGCGACUGGUGCGCAAGGCCGAGGUGUAUCCACAGUAUGCCGUGGCGCCCUUUGAUCCCAUUAAUGCUUCAAUGUCCAUUUACAUGGAUGUAUUGAAUAUAUUCAUACGGAUCGCCACUAUAUUGGGCGGCAAUCGUCGAAAGUAGUUAUACCAAAACAGUUGUGAUGCAGUAAAACUAAUAACUUAUGAUAUACAAACAUUUAAAUAAAGCUAUAUAGGCUUAAAAGGCC